CGCUCGGGGGAGGCUGAGGCGGCGGCGGCAGCGGGAGCAGCAAUGGCGGAUUUCGACGCUUACGACGACCGGGCCUACAGCAGCUUCGGGGGCGGACGCGGGUCUCGUGGCAGUUCCAGCCUUGGGUCGCGUAAACAGAAAGAGCUUCCGACAGAGCCGCCUUUCACAGCAUAUGUUGGCAACCUUCCCUUCAACACAGUCCAAGGAGACAUCGAUGCCAUCUUCAAGGAUCUCAGCGUAAGGAGCGUGCGACUAGUCAGAGACAAAGAGACAGAUAAAUUUAAAGGAUUUUGUUACGUAGAAUUUGAUGAGGUCGAGUCACUUAAAGAAGCUCUGACGUACGACGGAGCACUUUUGGGCGAUCGAUCGCUCCGAGUGGACAUAGCCGAGGGCCGGAAACAAGACAAAGGUGGCUUUGGUUUCAGAAAAGGUGGCGGGCCGGAAGACAGAGGCAUGGGCGGAGGUCCGCGGGAAUCACGAGGAGGUGGAUGGGAUUCCAGAGAUGACUUCAAUUCUGGCUUCAGAGAUGACGACUUCCUGGGGGGCAGAGGCCGAACACGUCCUGGGGAUCGGCGAGGAGGGGGUGGCGGUCCACCACCCAUGGGAGGCACCGGUCGCUUCAGGGAUGGCCCUCCGCUGCGUGGGACUUCCAUGGACUUCAGAGAGCCAACAGAUGAGGAAAGAGCCCAGCGGCCCAGACUCCAGCUCAAGCCCCGGACUGUCGCUACGCCCCUCAACCAAGUAGCCAAUCCCAACUCUGCUAUCUUUGGCGGAGCCAAGCCGAGGGAUGAAGCUGUGAAGGGAGAGCAAGAAUGAGCUUGAGGGGGCACGAGU